CGGCCCAUCGGGAAGGCGGGGAGGGCCUUGCGGGUGCGGGGAGGGGCCGCAGGGCCCCGGAAAGCCGCUGUGCGGCGGCGCCUCGUCCCCGCGGUGGCAUCCCAGGGCGGGAUGGGGCCAACAAUGCUCGGCUUCGCAGCCGUUACCCCUUUAUCCCCCGGCCCGGCCAGCUGCCCUCCGGUCCCCCCUGUCCGGGCAGAUAGGACGGUCGCUCAUCCAUCGGGAGGAUGCCUAAUGAGACCUUAAAUCCUGGCGCUGGUGUCAUGGAGUCAGUCACCUUCGAGGAUGUGGCAGCGGGGCUCAUCCAGGAGUGGGCGUUGCUGGACGGGGCACGGAGGAACCUGUGCCGAUACGUGAUCCUGGACAAGUGUGGGACCCUGGCCCCCAGGGACUGGGCGUCUCAACUUAAAUCCAAAGCAUUGACUCCUGUGCAGGAUAUUUUGGAGGAAAAUUUGUCCCAGGAUAUGCAAAUGGGGCUGAAGGCGGCCGUGCAGAUUCAGAGGGUGGCCAUGCCGGUGCCUGCACUGGGUGUCCCUGAGCUGGGGAUGGCCGGGGAUUCUGAUGUAGCUCUGCUUGCCCAGGACCCCGCCUGGCUCCAAAAGGAGAGCACAGAGGAGGAAGCCGGGGCGCCAGGGGUACUGAUCACCUGUCUGCAGGAACCCGUCACCUUUGCUGAUGUGGCUGUGUUGUUCACCCCAGAGGAGUGGAUGUUUCUAGACUCUGCCCAGAGAAGCCUGUACAGAGAUGUGAUGCUGGAGAACUAUAGGAACUUGGCCUCUGUGGGAGCAGGAGAUCAGCUAGGCAAACCCAGUACACUUUCCCUUUCGGAGCCAGGAGAAGACCUGUGGGCGCCUGAGAGAAGAACCUUCCCAGGAACCCAUCCAGAGCCUCAGCAUCAACCGCAAGAUUCAGUUUCUCACCCAGAUAUUUUUGCAGAGAUUCCAUCCACUGGCAUGAAAAGGGAGCAACCUCAGACUGGAGACAAACUUUAUAAUUACAGUCAACUUGGGGAACCCUUUCACGGCAUCAAACCGCUUUUUCAGUACCAGAGAAUUCACGCUGGAGGUGACCCCUGUGAAUGCCACGAGGGUGGAAAAUCCUUCUUCCAGCCCGCUCACCUGAUCGUGCCAGACAAAAUCCGUCGUGGGGACAAAACCUACGUGUGUAGCAAAUGUGAGAAAUCCUUCAGAUACAGCUCCGACCUGAUCAGGCAUGAGAAGACUCAUACCGCGGAGAAGUGCUUUGAAUGUCAGGAGUGUCGGCAAGCCUUCAAGUACUCCUCAAAUCUGCGGCGCCACCUGAGGACUCACACUGGAGAGAAGCCUUUCGAAUGUGCUCAGUGUGGGAAAACCUUCACUAGGAACUUUAACCUAAUUCUGCACCAGCGAAACCACACGGGCGAGAAGCCCUACGAAUGUAAGGACUGUGGGAAAGCGUUUAAUCAGCCAUCCUCUCUGAGGAGCCACGUGAGGACUCACACAGGAGAGAAGCCCUUUGGGUGCAGUCAGUGCGGGAAAGCCUUCAGGGAGCACUCGUCGCUGAAGACACACCUGCGCACUCACACCAGGGAGAAGCCGUAUGCGUGUAACCAGUGUGGGAAGCCCUUCCGGACGAGCACUCAUCUGAACGUCCACAAAAGGAUACACACUGGGGAGAAACUGUACGAGUGCGCUACUUGUGGGCAGGUCUUGAGUCGCCUCUCAACGCUCAAGAGUCACAUGCGAACUCACACGGGAGAGAAGCCCUAUGUGUGUCAGGAAUGUGGGCGAGCCUUCAGUGAACCUUCAUCCCUCAGGAAGCAUGCAAGGACACACACUGGCAAAAAGCCCUAUGCCUGUCAGGAAUGUGGGCGAGCCUUUGGUCAGUCUUCACACCUUAUUGUGCACGUGAGAACUCACACUGCGGGGAAACCCUAUGAAUGCAAUCAGUGUGAGAAAGCCUUCAGGCACAGCUCUUCACUUACUGUGCAUAAAAGAGUUCAUGCCGGGAGAGAGAACGUUAGGAAUGGCGGCCUGCCUUUAUCAGUGUCCUAGCCGUAGAGGGGGCCCCUUGCUGAGUGACUUCCAGGUUUUAAAAAUAUACGUGUUCCAGGCUAUAAUCAUCUCUUGUAGUACUUGUUUUAGCUGCAUUACAUGUUUUGAUACAUAUUUUCAUUUUGGUUGAAAUCCGAAUAUUGUCUUAGUUUCUAUUAUCACGUAUUCUUUGGCCUGUGAAUUAUUUAUAAUUAGAUUUUAAAACAGCAGGACAUGAGUAUAUUUUUUAUAGAGGUAUAAUUACUUAUAGUGAAAUUCAUAGAUCUUAAGUGUAUAGUUGGAGGACUCUGACAAGUGCAUACAUAUGUAUAUGUAACCAAUAUGCCAUUUAAGAUACAGAACAUUUCUAUCCUUCUGGAAAGUUCCUGCAUGUAUAUGGGUGGAUUUUUUUUUUUUUAUUUUACAAAUUUUUGUUGGUUUCCAAUUUAAUUUCAUUGUGAGCGGAGAAUGUGGUUUUUAUGUUACUGAAUGUUAGGUAUCUGUUUAGUUGCCUGUCAGAAUUGCCCCUUCCUCCUUACAAAAGGACUUACAUUUUUUUGUUUAGAUUGGUAAUGUGCACUGUUAAAAAACCUCUAUCUCUUGGUCCUUGCAGCUAGAGGAGCCCCCCCCCCUUACCCACCCUCCCCCACCCAACCGCCACCUGCCCUGCAGUCCUGGCCUUUCUAAGUAUGGGAAAUUAUUGCGUGUGAUACCUGGGAAGGAUGUUGUAAAGGAAUAUUUAUCUAGAUCCUUCCACGUCUUGCCCUUUGUACAAACGACAUGAUGUCUGGCACUAGAGGAGCCAUCCCAUGACCAUGAGGGUAAAAGCUGCAGGCUAAAGAGAGUGUGGCCAGAAGUCAUACCAACCUGUUUCCCUAGUUGGUGUCUUUGUGUGACUGUCCUGGCCCAUUUUUCUGGACAUCUUGUGAUGUGAAAAAAAAUGUACUUCUUACUGGCACAUGACAUUGCUAUUUUGGGGAUGGGUUGGGGAGGGUAGGGAUGGGUUUAUUAUGGCCUAAUGAAGUAUCUCAUUGAUGCACUUAGUAUAGGGUUAGUUUCGUAUAUGCUUCAUGGGUGAUGGAAAUCAACGUAUUGUAUUCUACAUACAUCCACUAGCCUGAGCACACUAUUUGUGUUUCAAAAUCUUCUAUACAUUUAUACAUAUUGGUCAAUAUCUUAGUCUGUGUGGGCUGCAUAACAAAAAUACCAUCGAUGGGGUGACUUAUAAAUAACAGAGCUUUUUUCUCAUAGUUCCGGAGGCUGGAAUCCAAGAUCAAGAUGCCGACAGAUUUGCUUUCUUGUGAGGCCUGCUUCAUGGUUCAUAGACUGCCAUGUUCUUGCCCGGUCUUCACAUGGCAGAGAGAGCAGAGGAGCUCUGUGGGGUGUCUUGCAGAAGGGUGCUAAUCCCAUUCAUGAGGGUUCCACCCUUAUAACCUAAUCACCUCCUGAAAUGCCACCUCCUAAUACCAUCACAGAGUGGGAAUUAAGCUUCAGAAUAUGAAUGGGGGGACACAACAUUCAGUCCAGAUCCGUCUUUGAUCUGUGAACUGAGACAGCUAUGUUAAGCUCUCCCACCAUGAUUAGUGAAUCUUGUAAUUCUGUCAGUUUUUAAAUUUAUAUAUUUUGAAGCAAAUUAAAUGAGAUUUUUGAUAUUUAA